GGUCUCCAUCGCUUUGCAGUGGUGAUCCAAUAUUACAACACGCGGCCUGCAAAGCAAAGAUCUCAAGAAUGUCAUACGCAUCUCGACCCCUCGGUUCGCAUCUGCGCCAACAGUCCAUGGGUGGGAGCUUGGGUUCGUCUUCUGGUCAAUCCCCCGUCUUACAGGCGCGCAUCAAUGAGAAGAGGGCAGAGUUAGAAAAUCUCAAGCAACUGCGAGAUUUGAGUGCAGGGCUGGCUGGACAGAUGCAAAUGCUGGAAGAGAAGCUUUCGACUCUUUCAGAUGGAACAGAAGCCGUCGCAACAGUAUUGGGCAACUGGCACAAUGUUCUGCAAGCGAUCAGCAUGGCAUCUAUGAAAAUACCAAAACCCAAAGAAUCAAACGAUGGGGAAGAAGAAUUGGAAAAGAGAACGGGACUCGAGAUACCUCUACCUCAAACGCUGGUCCGAAUACCCACAGAGCAUGCGCCAAUGCUACAACCACCCAAAAAUGAAGAAUCGAAUGAAUGAAGAGGACGCGCUAAGUCGCUGGGAGACUAGAAGAGGAUAUACAUGCAUUCAUGACGAGUUUGGUGCAUUGAACGGCGCAACAGGCAGAUAUUGGGUUGUGAGUUCCGACGCCAAAAACGGUCUGGUGAUGGAUCGUGUCCAUGUAGGAAUGGCUGGUAAAAAGCAGCUGGACUUUUGAUGAUGACAUGAUUGAUGACUUAUUAGCAGAGAUUGAUCGAAUAAGAAAAAUGUCGGGAAAGUCAUGCAAUCUAAACAAAUACAUGGUGUUGUGGCCUGCAUGAGUAGGUUAAGAUGUGAAACCCAAUGACGGAAAGGUUGAUGGAAAAGUGCAUUACAUCACAUCACAUCACGAUGAGUAGGAGUUGCAUACUUCAUUGAACGACAUAAGAGGACAGUGAAUGAAUUUAUCAAGAGCAAUUCACCA